AAAAAAUGAGAUGAUGGAUACGAAAAUCAGAAGAGAAAGGAAGGUGAAUAAAAAAACAAACUACACCACCUUCCAACAAACAAAUACCCAAAAAGUGAAAGUUAGGGUUUCCACAUUCCUUCUUCUUUUUCAUUAUUUUCCCUCCUGAUUUUCCUUUCCCCCAAACACUACUAUUCGACGGUUACGGUUUUUCUAUCCGAAGAUAUUUUUUGUCGGUUGUUCUCGCUAUUAGACGAUUCGUUUUCUUUCGAAGAAGAAGUUUGAUAAAAUUAGAAACAAAAAAGGCCUUGAAUUUUCUUCUCUAGAGGUUUAUUUUCCCGGGAAAAUUGCCUUCCUUUUUUUCCCAGCUCUACCUGUCUUAGCUUCCAAGGAAGUUUUCUUUGUGCUUGAUUUAUCGGGGGAGGAAUUUAUGUAGCUGGUGGGUGGAGUAAAAAAAGGGAGGGAAAAUAUUCAUUGGAGGAUCUAAGAUUCAAGAUAGAGAGAACUUUAAUAUUCUUUAGAUUUUUUUUUGAAUUUAAUUGUCAGUAAAUAAUUCGAUUGCUUGAGUUUGAAUGCAUAUAUUGGUAUAUGGAGUCAGAAGUAUUUUCACCUCCGAUUCCAAGAGAUUUGGUGACAUGUUGUGAUUGCAAUUGUACUACCUGUUCUUUGAUUAGUGAUCCUUCGAGUACUUGGUUUCGCACUGUGAAACGCAAAUACGAUGAGUUUGAGACCUUCAACAAGUUUUAUGUUCCGGGGUUCGAUCUAUACUCUAACCCCAAAGUCCAAAUUGAGAAUGAAUGUGCUGCCUUGCGGGAGACGGUUAGCAGCCAACAAGCCACAAUACAAGAUUUGUAUAGAGAAUUGGAGGAAGAGAGAAAUGCCUCAUCAUCGGCAGCUACUGAGGCCAUGUCGAUGAUAUUGAAGUUGCAGAGAGAAAAGGCAGAGAUCCAAAUGGAGGCACGGCAAUUCAAGUGUUUUGCUGAGGAGAAACUGGCACAUGACCAGCAGGAGAUAAUGGAUUUGGAGGAUUUGUUGUAUAAGAGAGAGCAGGCUAUUCAAGCCCUUACUUGUGAAGCACAGGCUUACAAGCAUAGGAUGAUGAGUUAUGGGUUUACGGAGGCAGAGGUUGAAGGUGAGCCGGAUGGGCUGAUUCGAAAUGUGGCUGAGAACUUUGGUGACUCUGGCGAUCUUCUUCAAUAUGAUUAUCAACCUCCAAAGUGCAAUUUGAAUGAGAAUCCUGGUGAUGAUGUUGAAGAUAUUGAGAAAUAUGCAUUUGGUGAGAUCCCUUGUUCCCGAGAACACUUGAGGAAUCUAGAGCAAAGGAUCUGCCAAAUGGAGAGGAAUCCAAGCAGCAGUCAGCUGAGUCAACUGGAUGGAUAUAUCCCUGGAACAAAGAAUGUUCCAGAGAAGGUAAUAGUCGGUCACUCUCCUAGGCAAUCAAGACAUUCAAGGAGGCUUUCAAGUGAUAGUUCAACCACGUUCCUCGCUAAAGAGAUCCCUUCAGAGUUUACUGGUAAUUCUCCCAGGUUCAUUUCAGAAAUGGACAAGAUUUCCGGCUCAAGAAGAAUGGAUAAUGCUUCUGAAGUUGGAGAUGAUAUGAGUGACAGAGUUUAUACUAUUGAUUCUAUCCAUACUGGGGUUCCAUAUAAGGGAACCCCUGAGCCCAAACCUGGAGUUGGAGAUUGUCUUGAUUAUGCAUACACUCCAAGGGAUGCACUUAAUCUGCCUGAUGGAUGUGAUCCCAAUAUCAAGAAGCUCUAUACAAGGCUUCAGGCCCUUGAGGCUGAUAGGGAAUCAAUGAGACAAGCAAUAAUAUCAAUGCGAACUGACAAUGCGCAGUUGGUAUUAUUGAAAGAAAUAGCUCAACAGUUGUGCAAGGAAAUGCCCCCUGAAAGACAAUUGACCGUGAGGAAGCCAUCUAUUCUUGGAAGCCUUCCCUUUGUGUCAUUCUUCAAGUGGAUUGUGUCCUUUGUUUUCUGGAAGCGGAAAGCUUGUCGAAGCAAGCAUCUAUAUGGAUUGUCACCAAACAAUGUCGGCUUGCUACUGCUUCUCGACAAGGGCCCACGACUGAGACAGUGGAGAUGUCUUUCAAGUACUCAAGUCUGAAACUGGUUCAGUUACUUCUCCACAUGAAGCCUCUAAUCGUAAUGGGUUUGAAUAAACUAUCAUGUAUAGACUGUGCAUCCUUUCUUAUGGAUUCCUUGGAGCAGCUUUUGGUAUAUUUUUCAGUGUUCUUUUAUUUUACUUUAUUUUUUUACGAUUGAAUACAUGUUGCUGCUUGAUCAGCAAAAACACAGAUGCGGUGAGCAUACUCGCUCAUAUGGUUUGUCAGAUUUCAAUUUUAAGGUAUGUGUCUAUUGCCGAUCUCCUACAUAUUUAGAUUCUUGUAUGAUUUUUGUUUCUAGUAUGCUGUGUUUAUUCUUUUAUAAUUCGAGCAAUUGUUAGUUUGCAAGAGUAA